CGAGUCGAGUACUACUACGUACUGAGAAAGAGGCAGCAACCCCGGCGCACUGAUCACGUUGGGCUGCCCUCAGCUGCCGCCGUCCCCACCUGACAUCAGAGCCGACUGGCCCUCGACUUGGUCAGCCCUUGCUGCGCCCAAUCUCACCCUCACCGUUAUAGAUGGGUGCAUCGUCGUCCAGCGCCUGCAUUCCGUGUUUGACAUAGAUCCUUUUCGACAGCGACUUGCCCUGCCCUUUACUCAGCACACACGCCGUACCAACACAGCAGCAACAGCAUUGCUACCGCACUCAGCUACCCCGCCGUCAUCCCACUCGACAGCUGAACACCACCGCCAUCAUGGCAGGUCGCGGCCCUAGAAUGACAGAGUUCGAGGAGCGCGACUACUACUCCGCGCCUGGACGACGGUCCGAGGUCGACUUUGCCGAGUUUGACCGUCGAGACAGGGUCAUGACCCGAAGCCCGCCGCCCAUGCGCGAACCCCGCACCCCAGCCUUUCUUCGCGAUGAGCCUCGCCGUGCAGAGGCAGGUCCAAUGGUUCUGCGGCAGCGCGAUGUUGAGACCUUUGACAGACAUCACCGCAGCCCCAGUCCCGUCCGCGUGAGGGAGCAGAGGCUGGUGCGGAGGCCGAGGAGUGUCAGUCCACCUCGGCAUCAUCACCACCACGACGUGGACGAGCGCACGAGGUCACGAACAAGAUACAUUGAGAGAGAGAGAGAACGCGAAAGGCGAAGGAGUCCAUCUGUGGAGAGGAAAAGGUCGCCGAGCCCUUUGCCGAUCCGGUAUGUUGACCGACCUCGAAGCCCUUCCCCUGAGAGGGAAAGACAGCGCAUUAGGACGAGGAUCGUGGACAGACAGCGCGAGUCGUCGUCGUCUUCGUCAUCGUCGGAGGAAGAACAGCCCCCUCAGAGGAUUAGGGGACCUACCAUAGAGCGUGAGGUCAUCACGCACUAUCGGGACAUUGAUCAUGGCACCAUCAAGGCCAAACCUCCCACCCCACCGCCAGCGCCCCGUCCCCGCCAACGUGAGCGCGUCAAUGAGCGCGAGACAGACAUUGACAUAUCGCUCUCGAAGAAUCGCACCGAAGUGGACAUUUAUCGUAGCUCUGGUGGGCGUGCUCGCUCUAGGAGCCGCGUGCGCAACGACGAUUCCCUUGUGGUGCAUUCUGACUCCCGCCGACGUGCCCACUCGGCUGCGCCAGUCUACUCCCCGGGCCUCGAUGACGAAGGCCAGGAAUACAUCUCCAGGAUCGAUGCUCGGGGCCGCAUGGGCGAAGCGUGGCACGGAGCAACUCGCGACUGGGAGAUUGUUGAUGUGCCCCCCGGCACGGAGCGCGUGCGUAUGGAUGGCGUUGGCGGUGGCAGCACCGAGACACAGUGGUCCAAGUACAGUGGCGUACGCCGCACCAAGUUCAUCCCAGAGAGAGAUGCGAUGCCAGCUCCAGCACCUGCCCCGCGCGCCCCUUCCAGAGAGCCACGCAAAUCGAGCAACAGCCUACAACUGUGGGAUCGCGAGCGAGAGAUUGAGAUUGACAUUGACCGUACUGUCGACAGACGGUAUGCUGAGCCUCCGCCGCCACCUGCUCCUGCCAAGGACAUGUGGACUGAGAUCAGUAAGGACCUGGUCGUCAAGGAGGCCAUACAGCAGAUGGGCUAUGAGUUCGAGGAGACGCCCAUGUUUUUCUACGUCAUGAGCUACCUGAAAUACGACGAUGUACUUCAACUGGUCGAGCUGACUGAAGACAUUAAGCGAUUCCGCAAGGACCGAGUUCGCGAGAUUGCGUGGGAGCGCGAUUGGAAGGAUGACUGGGACAGACGGCAUCGUCACCAACACCACCACCACCCCCAUCACCACCAUCCUUGGGACAAUGAAAGAGUGAGGGAAAGGGAAGUCAUCUACGACAACCGCAGGUCGAGGCACUACUGAGGACGUCUCGAGGCAUCAUGAUCAACGACAUUAUGACAGACUACACGUGAUCGAUUUUGGGAUCUUGGAUUAUAUGUGUUCUGAUUUGACGAGUUAUGAUAGCUUUCAUAGCGAACGAUUCCGUGAAACAACUCAAGACGAGCCUGUCCAUGAUUCAGGGGCUCACCCUGCCCACGUCGAAGGAUCGUCACUGGGAGAGCCACGUCAUCGGUUAGCUUACACGGGCCCUGGUUCCACCUUUACGAGUUAUACGUAGCAUUGA